UCAAAUGUAGGUCACCGAUAGAGGGCGCACUUUCUGUAAGCAUGGACAGCAACUCGGGGACAAAACUAAGUCACAAGCAAUAUAAAGCCUUACUGAAGAAGCAAAAACGACAGAAGCAACGUCGAGCUACAGCCAGACUGCAAGAAGAGCUAGAGGUUAAAGCUUUGCCCCCAGAAGCCAUCGCUGCUGAGGUGGCAUCAAGACAAGAUGAAGAAGAAGAGGAAAGACAACGACGAGACGAAGAAGAAAGGAAACGAGCCCAUGAUGCUUGGCUGGAAAGAGAAAGACUGGCUCAGGAGGACUUUGAAGUCAAAAGGAAGAAAGAGGAAUCAAAGAAACAGAAAUUUCGAGAAGAACAACAACGCAUCCAGGAGGAAUGGGAGGCAAGACAGCAGAUUGAGGAUCAGAGUGUCAAUAAGAAAGAGAAGGAGCUUGAGGAUAUAUUGCAACAACUGGACAAGGAAAUUACACAAGAGGCUGACAAACCAACCCAUAACCCAGAGGCUCCCCGGGGUCAGGCUCAACCAGCGAAACGAGAUGUGUGUCCGUUCUAUCUAAAGACUGGUGGAUGUCGGUUUGGUGAUAGGUGUUCACGGGACCAUCCACAGCCAGAGAGCAGUACUACCUUACUCCUCCCCCAUAUGUACGUGGAUUUCACAAUGGAACAAAGCCAUAGGGAUGAGUACGAUACUGACAUGAGCUUGGAGUAUGAUGAAGGAGAUGCUUACCUGAGAUUCUUAGAGUUUUAUGAAGAUGUCUUACCAGAGUUCAAGGAGAUUGGUUCAUUAGUACAGUUUAAGGUUUGUUGUAACUGGGAGCCACAUCUUCGUGGCAAUGUCUACGUUCAGUUCAAGAGAGAAGAAGACAGUAGUAGAGCAAGAGAGAUGUUUCAUGGUCGAUUCUAUGCUGGAAAACAAUUAUCUUGUGUCUACACACCUGUUGCCAGCUGGAAAGCAGCUAUCUGUGGAAUGUUUCAUCAGAAUAAAUGCUCUAGAGGGAAAAAUUGUAAUUUUCUUCAUGUCUUUAUCAACCCAAGACAUGAGUUUGCCGACGCAGACAGAGACUUCAAAACUACAAAUCACUGGAGAGAUCAGAGCCAACGAGGCUGGAGGUUCGGUAAUGACAGGAGUGAAAGAGGUCAAAGAAGCCGUAGCAGAGAGCGAGAAAGAUACAGAGAUCAUCAUCGUAGAAGCCGCAGCCCAACUUGGGAUAAAAGAAGAUCAACAGAUCGAAGAAGGAGUAGAGAAAGAGAUCAUCAAGGUUCAAUAAGAAGUCGUAGAUCAAGGAGCCGCGACAGAUCAAGAGCUAACAAGUCUCGAAGUAGAAGUAGAUCCCAGAGUCGAAGCCCUUCAAAGUCAAGGAGACACAGGUCCAGAAGUAGAAGCCCUACCAAGUCAAAGAGAAAUAGGUCAAGAAGUAGAAGUAGGUCCCAUAGUCGAAGCCCUACCAAGUCAAGGAGACAUAGGUCGAGAAGUCAAAGUAGAUCACAAAGUAGAAGCCCUACCAAGUCAAAAAGAAAUAGGUCAAGAAGUAGAAGUAGGUCCCGUAGUCGAAGCCCUACCAAGUCUAAGAGAAACAGGUCCAGAAGUAGAAGUUGGUCACAAAGGAAAUUUUCAAGAAGUCCAAGUCCAUCUAGGUACCACAGGUCAAGUAGGUCAAGACACAGAAAAUCCAGAAGUCGCUCAAGGUCUCGUAGUCCAGGCUUUGAUAGAUCUUCAGUUUAUGGAACGUCGAUCAAACGCAAAUCAAAAGAACAUCAAGAAUCUUCCUCGGACACUGAUGAGGUUUCUAAAAGUAGGAGUAAGAAGAAGCCCUCUAAAAAGUCAAAGAAGAGAAAGCGUAGCAACACCAAGGAGGAAGCAACCAUUAAACUAGAACACAUUGAGGAAAUCAACCGGGAAAGUGACAAUACUCGCAGUCCAGCACGCGAAGCAUCAAGACCUGAUAAGACUGUUGAACAAUUUGCGGCAAAGAAAGAGGACGAUUUUGAAAGAACACCAGCAUCUUCAAGAGUCACUGCUGCAAAAAUAGAAACUUUUGAUGAUUCAUUAUCAUGUGUUGCCAUAGCAACAGGAGAUGCACAUCCAACGGUUGUUCGAGGAGAAAAUGUUUCAAGACAUUGCUUGGAUGGAGAAAGUGAGGACACUUCGGAAUCUUUUGAGGAGAAAAAACCCAGGUCCACAAGCUUGGAACGACAGAUUGAAACUCGUCCAAAGAGUCGUAAGAAGAAACGGAAACAUAAAAAGCAAAAGCACAAAAAAGACAAAUCAUCACCUACUCAUACCAUGGAAAGGUAAUCUUUCAACUCGAAGUGGUGCAAGACGCUUCGGAAGUUUAGACAAGAAAGACAAAUCAUCACCUACCCAUACCAUGGAAAGGUAAUCUUUCAACUCGAAGUGGUGCAAGACGCUUUGGAAGUUUAGACAAGAAAGACAAAUCAUCACCUGUAAUCUUUCAACUCAAAGUGGUGCAAGACGCUUCGGAAGUUAAGGCGCAUAUUGUUUUGUUUGGCCUUUUUGUAAGAAUAAUGGAGAACUUUAUGAAACCUCUGAACCCCUAUAAAUAGGCCAACCUGCUCACACUCUUCAGUCUCCUGACGAUACCCCUCUCCAUUCGCUGGACUUUUGGCCCAAAAAGGGUCUCUCGGUUCGGUCACUAACACCAGCACCCACGAGCCGGCUUGCUCCGAACUUGACCCGUUCUCUAGUGGAAGCACCCUAUGUGUAUUCUAACUCAAUUUCACCGAAGAUUUCACUUCCUUCAAAUAACUACAUGUACGUUCAUUUCGCUACCUCGUUGCGUGGAGGCUACGAUUUUCACCUCAAAGGUAACUAAGGUAAAAUAAAUCACUCUGAAUUUUAUUUACCAGUACUGAACAUCUAUUUUAUUGAUAAGUGAACAUUAUACUGUACUUAUAAAUGUAUUGCAGUUUCACAAGUAAUGUGGUCAAGGAUCUCUUUUCUCUCACAGAAGUGUUUUCUUUAAACAGAUUUGUACGAAAAAAUUUACUCCAUUUACUUUCUCUUGAAAGGGAAGAGUUGACUAGAAGUGGGUCAUGUUCAAUUGUUGGUAGAAAAUAAAAGCACUAGUUGCAGCUGUUGAUAGUA